UCCCUCGCUCCCUCUCCCUCCCCGUCUCCCUCCCUCCUCUCCCCGUCACCCUCGCUCCCUCCCUCUCCCCCGUCUCCCCCGUCUCCCUCGCUCGCUCCCACUCCCCCGUCUCCCUCGCUCGCUCCCUCUCCC